CGCCAUGAGCGCAGCCGGGCGGGCUCGGGCGCAGGAGCCGCCGUUGUCCCGGGGCGAGGCCGCGGACGGGGAGAUGCCGGCGACCGAGAAGGAGCUGGCGGAGGACGCGCCCUGGAAGCGCAUCCAGCAGAACACGUUCACGCGGUGGUGCAACGAGCACCUGAAGGCGGUGCAGAAGCGCGUGGGGAACCUGCAGACGGACCUGGGGGACGGGCUGCGCCUGAUCGCGCUGCUCGAGGUGCUCAGCCAGAAGAAGCUCGGCCGCCGCUACAACGCGCGCCCCACGUUCCGCCAGAUGCAGCUCGAGAACGUGUCCGUGGCGCUCGACUUCCUCGAGAGGGAGAACAUCAAGCUCGUGUCCAUCGACAGCAAAGCGAUCGUGGAUGGGAACCUGAAGCUGAUCCUGGGGCUGGUGUGGACGCUGAUCCUGCACUACUCCAUCUCCAUGCCCGUGUGGGACGAGGAGGACGAGGAGGAGGCCAAGCGGCAGACACCGAAGCAGCGGCUGCUGGGCUGGAUCCAGAACCGCCUCCCCCAGCUGCCCAUCACCAACUUCAGCCGCGACUGGCAGAGCGGGCGCGCGCUGGGAGCGCUGGUGGACAGCUGUGCCCCCGGGCUCUGCCCCGACUGGGACUCGUGGGACCCCAGCAAGGACCCCAGCAAGCCGGUGGAGAACGCGCGCGAGGCCAUGCAGCAGGCGGACGAGUGGCUCGGCAUCCCCCAGGUGAUCACCCCCGAGGAGAUUGUGGACCCCAACGUGGACGAGCACUCGGUCAUGACCUACCUGUCCCAGUUCCCCAAGGCCAAGCUGAAGCCGGGGGCCCCCCUGCGCCCCAAACUCAACCCCAAGAAGGCGCGAGCCUACGGCCCUGGCAUCGAGCCCACUGGGAACGUGGUGAAGCAGCGAGCGGAGUUCACGGUGGAGACCAUCAGUGCCGGGCAGGGGGAGGUGCUCGUGUACGUGGAGGACCCGGCUGGGCACCGCGAGGAGGCUAAGGUUGUGGCCAACAACGACAAGAACCGGACCUUCUCCGUGUCGUACGUGCCCAAAGUGACCGGCAUUCACAAGGUGUCGGUGCUGUUCGCGGGGCAGAACAUCGCCAAGAGCCCCUUCGAGGUGCAGGUCGGGCGCGCCGCCGGCGACGCCUCGAGGGUCACAGCGCAGGGCCCCGGCCUCGAGCCCACCGGGAACGUGGUCAACCGGGGCACCCACUUCGACAUCUUCACUGCCGGCGCGGGCCCGGGCGAGCUCGAGGUCUCCAUCGCGGACCCGAGCGGCCGCCGGGGGGCGCUGGAGGCGCCGCUGGAGCCCCGCGGGGACGGCGCCUUCCGCUGCUCGUACCGGCCCGCGGCCGAGGGCGCGCACAGCGUGCACGUGACCUACGGCGGAGUGCCCAUCCCCCGGAGCCCCUUCAGCGUCCACGUGGGGCAGGCCUGCACCCCCUCCCUGGUCCGUGCCGUGGGGCGGGGGCUGCAGCCCAAGGGGCUGCGCGUGAAGGAGCCGGCGGAGUUCAAGGUCUACACCAAGGGGGCCGGCAAUGGGGAGCUCAAGGUCACCGUCAAGGGGCCCAAGGGCCCUGAGCCCGUCAGGCAGAGGGAGCUCGGAGAUGGGGUCUUCGCCUGUGACUACGUCCCCACGGUGCCCGGGCCCCACACGGUGUCCGUGCUGUGGGGGGGCAGCCCGUGCCCCGCAGGUAUGUGCGUGCGUGUGUGUGCACACAUGUGUAGGUGUAUGUGUGUACAUGUAUGCACACAUGUAUGUGUAUGCAUGUACACGUGUGGCCACAUGUAUGUACACAUAUAUACACGUAUGUAUGUACACGUGUGUUCAUGCCCACCUGUGUCCGUGCCCCCGUGUCCCCGCAGCCCCUUCGAGGUGCAGGUGUCCCCCGAGGGGGGCCCCCCCCGGGUGCGCGCGUGGGGCCCGGGGCUGGAGGGCGGCGCCGUGGGGAGCGCGGCCGAGUUCGUGGUGGAGGCCAUCGGGGAUGACGUCGGCACCCUCGGUUUCUCGGUGGAGGGCCCCUCGCAGGCCAAGAUCGAGUGCGAUGACCGCGGCGACGGCUCCUGCGACGUGCGGUACUGGCCGCAGGAGCCGGGCGCCUACGCCGUGCACGUGCUCUGCGACGGCGACGACAUCGCCGGCAGCCCCUUCAUGGCCGACAUCCGCCCCGCGUCCCGCGACUGCUGCCCCGAGAAGGUGCGGCUCCGCCGGCACCACCCAGACCCAUAG